AUGGAGCCAACUAUGGUUAAAGCAGUACUAAAUGCAAUGCCCAUGUAUCAAAUGGGUACUUUUAAGAUCCCUAAAACUCUUCUGAAGAAACUAGAUACAAUCCAAAGGAAGUUCUGGUGGGGAUUUAAAUCUAAUAGAGGAUUAAAUCUAAUCUCUUGGCAGAAUAUGUGUAUUUCAAAAGAUUUGGGUGGCCUUGCUUUCAGAGAUUUGGAAUCAUUAAACCAUGCACUCUUAGCUAAAGUUGCUUGGAGAAUUCUUCAUCAGUCUGAUCAUUUACUUUCAAAACUUCUCAAGGCCAAGUACUUCAAGAAUGAAGACUUCCUACAUCUAUCUGGUGAAAGAAAUAAUUCUUCAUGGACAUGGAAGGGCAUUGAACUUGGUCUUGGCAUCAUUCAACAACAUUAUAUGAUGGAGGUAAAGAAUGGUACAUGUACAAGAAUUUGGAUGGAUAGAUGA